AUGAACCAAUUAAUAUUUAAACGAUUGGUUGCAACAGGAUCAAACACAACCCAUUUAAUUGGAAAACCCAAAUUUGAUCUCAAGGGAAUAUUAGAAAAUUUACCUAAAUAUGAGCAUUCUAUUAGAAGUAGAGAAUUAGUAAAUGAGCAAGACCUAUUACUCAAAUUGAAAAAAUUACCUGCUCAAUCAUUUCAAAUCAAAGAUUUGAAUAAGGAUAUCAAUGAAAUUCAACAAGUAAGGAAAAAUCUGGAAUCUCAGAUUAAACAAAAUAGAGAUAAAUUAAAUGAAUUACUCCCGAAUAUUAAAGUUUUAAAAGAACAAUAUCAGAUAAAGACUGAAUCACUCAAUGAACUUACGAAUACGAUGGAUGAUGUUCUGUCAAGUCUCCCUAAUUUAUUGAAUAACACCGCACCUUUAAACGGUACCCCAGAAAUUGUUCAUUGGAUAAAUAAACCCAGUAUAGAGCCACAAGCAGAUUCUGAAAGAUCACAUGUCGAUAUUAUGAAGAAGAAAAAUAUGAUUGAUUUACAAAGUGCCUCUACGACAACUGGCACAUCUUCUUACUAUCUAUUAAACGAAGGUGCCCAAUUGGAACUUGCAUUAAUCAAUUACGCAGUUGAUACAGCUAGAAAACAUGGCUUCGAUUUUAUUAUUCCACCAAGUCUGGCACGUCUUGGUGUAAUCGAUGCUUGUGGAUUUAGACCAAGAGAUAUGAAUGGCGAAAAGCAAAUAUAUGCCAUUGAGGGACAAGAUACUGGAUUAGUUGCCACCGCAGAAAUUACUUUAGCUGCGUUGGGAUAUAAUAAAGUUAUGAAUUUGGGUGAAUCAGGCGCCAAGAAAGUUGUUGGCCUGAGUAGAUGUUAUAGAGCUGAAGCCGGGGCAAGAGGUAAGGAUACCAAGGGACUUUACCGUGUACAUGAGUUUAGUAAAGUUGAAUUGUUCUGUUGGUCUAAACCUGAACAAAGUAAUGAGGUUUUAGAAUCUCUGAAAGAGUUCCAAAUAGAAUUAUUUACCAACUUGGGAUUAUAUGCUAAAGUUAUUAAUAUGCCAGCAAAUGAUUUGGGUAAUCCAGCAUAUAACAAAUAUGAUAUCGAAGCCUGGAUGCCUGGUAGAGGAUCAUUUGGAGAGAUUAGCAGUACCUCAAACUGUACAGAUUAUCAAAGUAGAAGAUUAAAUACUAGGUUUAAAAACUCAAACGGUAAUUUAGGAUAUACACACAGUAUCAAUGGUACCGCAAUGGCAGUUCCUCGAGUGUUAUUAGCACUUGUUGAAAAUAACUAUGUAAAGGAAACUGAUAAAAUUCGGGUUCCUGAACCACUAAUUCCAUACAUGGGCGGCAAGAAGUAUAUUUAA